UUAAAACAUUAUUCAUCGAAACGCACCCAUCCUGAGCGCAGUCCACCGUUAUAAUAAGAAUUGCAUAAAAAUACGAAAAAAAAACAAGGUCAAAUUCAAACACAUCAGUGCUAAUAAAAUAUAAUUAAAAACAAAACUAAAAAUGUGUCUACUAAGUUGUGGUGCGUGUAUAUCGCAGAUACUUUUAUUUGCAUUGAAUUUCCUUCUGUCUCUCAUAAGCCUAGCUGUAACAGGAAUAGGUAUCUACAUGAUGAUACAAGUGAAUCAACUGAAAGACUCGGAUCUGGAGUACGUGAACAACGGUCCUAUCAUUGUGAUUGUGGUGGGCGUCAUCUUUAGCGCGAUAUUCUUCUGUGGAUGCUGCGGCGCGUUCUGCAGGAACAGAUGUUUACUCACCACGUAUGGGGUGAUCACCAUCCUGCUCGCGACCGCCACGGUGGUGUUCACAGUUUUCAUCUUCAAAGGAACGGAUCAACUGCAGGAUUCAGCGGAAGGCGUUCUUAAUGACACGUUUAGCGACCCUCAGAACCAAGGGACACUUAACUUGAUAGAAGCUACUCUGGGCUGUUGCGGCACAAACGGGCCGGAGUACUACAACUCGUCGGUGCCAGUGUCCUGCUGCCCUUCCGGCCUGCAGAGCCUGCAAGGCUUGCAGCAGAACAGCAUCAACAUCACGGACCUGGCGAACAGCACCUCAGGGGACGCCAUCAACCUGUCCUGCCCCGCUAGCGAGGCGUACCAGCAGGGCUGCGUGGAAGUCUUCAUACAGUUCCUAACCAAAAUAUUCAAAGUGACCGGCCAAGUUCUCAUAUGGAUUGUUAUUAUCGAGUACGUGGCGGCGAUCUUAGCAAUUUUCCUAUCCUGCUACAUCGGCUAAUAGUGAAAAAGAAUCAGACACAGAGACAGAACUCAAAAAAACGUCUAUACUAGAUUAUUAUAUUAUAUUAAGACCCUAGCGAAAAUAACUACCCCUUCAGGCAUGAAAUCAGGUGCAUUAUUUAAAGGAUUCCCAAGGGUUUGGCUUACCUACUGGAAUGUCAUUUUCCUUUCUCUCGCAGGAUACGUGCAUAAAUCAAUAGGUUACGCCAGUUUUAAACUUUGUUUUAGAAGAUUUUUCUCAUAAUAUAAGUAAUACUUAUUGGUUUUAAUGCCAGCUAAAGUUGAUUAAUGAGAUAAAAAAUUGUCGUUGUCCCCUGCCGUGCCUCUGUUAAGGCGACGCGACGCCUCUACUGACGGUCCUGGUUAAUAUCACAGAUAAUAUAAUAGCCGUUAAAGCCCCCAGAGCUGUGCGGUGGCUCUAUGCUUAAAAACCUACUCUUCUCUUCUUGAAAUAUACAACGUGUAACAGAAUUUUAAAUAAAUACUGAAGGAUU